CGGCGCGCCCGGAGCGCUCAACACUCCGGUGCCCAUGAACCUGUUUGCCACCUGGGAGGUGGACGGCUCCAGCCCCAGCUGCGUGCCCAGGGGAUGCCCGGAGUGUGCGCACUGUUCUGCUGCCCUCGUGCUGUACCUUACCUCUGUUGACCAUGACGGAUGCCUAGUAAACAGCUGGAAGACACACACCUGGCCCUUCCUUGAUCCUUGCUUCUCAACCCCUGCUGGUCCUCUUGAGGGUCACCUGUUACCCCAGGCACCUCCACUGUGUCCUCCACAGUGCCUUGUAUCCGGUUGUGUAGCCUGACCCUGAAGAAGCUGGCAGUGCUCCGGGAACUGGAAAAGGAACUGCUGUCCGUGGUGAUUGCUGUCAAGAUGCAGGGUUCCAAACGAGUCCUGAGAUCACAUGAGAUUGUGCUGCCUCCUAGUGGACAAGUGGAAACUGACCUAGCUCUGACCUUCUCUCUCCAGUACCCCCACUUCCUGAAGAGAGAAGGCAACAAGCUCCAGAUCAUGCUGCAGCGCAGGAAGCGGUACAAGAACAGGACGAUCCUGGGCUAUAAGACGCUGGCCGCAGGCUCCAUCAACAUGGCUGAGGUGAUGCAGCACCCCUCUGAGGGUGGCCAGGUCCUGAGCCUCUGCAGCAGCAUCAAAGAGGCCUCCGUCAAGGUGGCUGAGAUCUGGAUUGUCUCCCUGUCCAGCCAGCCCAUCGACCAUGAGGACAGUACAAUGCAGGCGGGCCCCAAGGCCAAGUCCACAGAUAACUACUCUGAGGAGGAGUAUGAGAGCUUUUCCUCUGAGCAAGAGGCCAGUGACGAUGCUGUGCAAGGACAGGAUCUUGACGAGGAUGACUUUGAUGUGGGAAAACCCAAGAAGCAGCGGCGCUCGAUAGUAAGAACGACGUCCAUGACCAGGCAACAGAACUUCAAGCAGAAGGUGGUGGCGCUCCUGCGCAGGUUUAAGGUGUCAGAGGAGGUCUUAGAUUCAGAGCAGGACCCCGCAGAACAUGUUCCCGAGGUGGAGGAGGACCUGGAUCUUCUCUAUGACACGCUGGACGUGGAGAACCCCAGUGACAGUGGCCCUGAUAUGGAUGAUGACGACAGCGUCCUUAGCACCCCCAAGCCCAAGCUCAGGCCGUACUUCGAAGGGCUGUCUCACUCCAGCUCACAGACAGAGAUAGGGAGCAUCCACAGUGCCCGGAGCCACAGGGAGCCCCCGAGCCCGGCUGAUGGACCUGAGAAGACAAGAUCCCUGGGAGGCAAGCAGCCCAGCGACAGCAUCUCUGACACAGUGGCCCUUAGUACACCGGCCCCCCGGGAAGCAUCAGGGCAGCCUGAGGAGAGCCCCGAGGCUGAGACCUCUACCUUAGACGUGUUCACUGAGAAGCUGCCUCCCAGUGGAAGGAUCAUCAAGACUGAGUCGCUUGUCAUCCCCUCCACCAGGUCAGAAUCAAAGCCAGCCGGCCGCCGGGGCCGGAGCACAUCCCUGAAGGAGCGACAGCCAGCUCGGCCACAGAACGAACGGGCCAACAGCUUAGACAAUGAGCGCUGCCCAGACACGAGGAGCCAGCUGCAGGUUAGGAUUCCCAGGAAGACUGUGUAUGACCAGCUGAACCACAUCCUCAUCUCCGAUGACCAACUCCCUGAGAACAUCAUUCUCGUCAACACCUCCGACUGGCAAGGACAGUUCCUCUCAGACGUCCUGCAGAAGCACACGCUUCCUGUGGUGUGCACAUGCUCUGCUGCUGACGUGCAGGCUGCCUUCAGCACCAUCGUGUCUCGGAUACAGCGAUACUGCAACUGCAAUUCUCAGCCACCGACCCCUGUGAAGAUCGCAGUGGCCGGAGCACAGCAUUACCUCAGCGCCAUCCUGCGGCUCUUCGUGGAGCAGCUGUCUCACAAGACACCUGACUGGCUCGGCUAUAUGCGCUUCCUCAUCAUCCCCCUGGGUGAGGGGCCUGGGGCCCUCAGAGACAGGGACACAGCCUGUAAGGGUAGAGGCUCCCACCCUGUGGCCAGGUACCUGGGCUCUGUGGACUACCGCUACAACAACUUCUUCCAGGAUCUGGCCUGGAGAGACCUGUUCAACAAGCUGGAAGCCCAGAGCAGUGUGCAGGACACACCAGACAUCGUGUCACGCAUCACCCAGUACAUCUCAGGAGCCAACUGUGCUCACCAGCUCCCCAUCGCAGAGGCCAUGCUGACCUACAAGCAGAAGAGCCCUGAUGAAGAAUCCUCUCAGAGGUUCAUUCCCUUUGUCGGGGUUGUGAAGGUUGGAAUUGUGGAGCCGUCUUCAGCCACAUCAGGAGACUCUGACGACGCAGCCCCCUCAGGCUCCAGCAUCCUCUCUUCUACCCCACCGUCUGCUUCUACAUCUCCUGCGGCCAAGGAGGCUUCGCCCACCCCGCCGUCCUCCCCCUCAGUGAGUGGAGGCCUGUCCUCCCCCAGCCAGGGCGUCGGCGCUGAGCUCAUGGGGCUACAGGUGGACUACUGGACAGCAGCCCAGCCCACGGACAGGAAGAGAGAUGCCGAGAAGAAGGACGUGCCCACCACCAAAAACACGCUCAAGUGCACUUUCCGGUCCCUCCAGGUCAGCAGGCUGCCCAGCAGUGGGGAGGCUGCAGCCACACCCACCAUGUCCAUGACUGUGGUCACCAAGGAGAAGAACAAGAAGGUGAUGUUUCUGCCCAAGAAAACAAAGGACAAGGAUGUGGAAUCCAAAAGCCAGUGCAUCGAGGGCAUCAGCCGGCUGAUCUGCACAGCUAAGCACCAGCAGAACAUGCUACGGGUCCUCAUCGACGGCGUGGAAUGCAGCGAUGUCAAGUUCUUCCAGCUGGCUGCCCAGUGGUCUUCCCACGUGAAGCACUUCCCUAUCUGCAUCUUUGGACACUCCAAGGCCACCUUCUAGCCCCACCCACGGAAGGGCUGACCCUGGACAGUGACUCUGUGUCAGCCAUUGAUGGAGGGACAGCUCUAUUCCUGUUAACACGUGGUUACUACAGAGACAGACUCUAAAAACACCAAGAAGCAGUCUUAAGUAUGAGUGCGCUCACGGCCCAGCUCGCUCGCUCCCCGUGGGCCACGGAGUAACUGUGUUCGGCUUAUUAACCAGAAUAUGUGGGCAAGCGGGAAGGCUGGUGAGAGAGGAGGGGAGCUCUGGCCCCAGGAAAGCCCAGACCACAAGCAAGAGUGUUCUUGCCUCUGUAUCCUGCCCUUGGCCGACGUCAGGAUUCUGCUUCCUCAGGGAGUGGGGAGCACAGGGAGCCUUGGGGUUUAGUGGCCAGAGCUGAAGGUCAAGGGCCUGUCUGGUCUCCUAGCGUGAGAUGUCAGUCCCUGGCACCCCGUGCGUGGCUCCCAAUAAACUCCAGCCUCACGGCGGAGGUUUUAUAAUAGCAGAUCUUUCUAAUGCUCUCAGAUACACUUGACAACGUAGCUGCCAAGCAGAUGUUGCUCUUGUGAAGUCCCCUUGCAUGGGGCAGAGCCAGCAGGAGCUGCAUCCCCACCCCCACCCCUACCCCUGUGGCUCCCAGUCCAGAGGCACCUCUAGGCUUCUGCUGCUCAGAUCAGGUGGCCCUUUCAAAUGCUCCAGGGUACAUCCUGGAAACAGGAGACACUUCCGGGGUCUGUCUGAGCCCUUCCCUCUGUUCUGCUUGCUGGGCAGGAACGUCCAGGAUUGGCCAUGUGGGAUAUGAGUUGAGAAUCAAGGUUGUAAACUGGAAACAGGCACCUAGAGGUGUGUGUGUGUGUGUGUGUGUGUGUGUGUGUGUGUGUGUGUAGCCAGCUGGCUGGUCUGACUACAGAGGCCACCUUCCUUACAGGACUGGGUCUAGCCAAGCUCCUCAUGGCCACCUGGGUCCCAUUCUUGGCGGCCUCCACCAUUCCCCAUCCAGCAGGAGAGGACAUGCUGCUGGCCUUCAGCACAGGCCAUCCUGGCUCCACCUGCUCCACCAGACUCAUGAGGGGGCACUGCCUCAGUCCUCAUUUUCUCAAGAAUCCUUUCUCCCCGAGGUAUCUAAUUAAAAGAGUGCCUGUCGCCUUGGAAGCUGGGUCCCUCCCAGGGACUCUGGUGGUCCAUUUGGGAGCUCUGAAGCUUGGUUCUCGACCUUGAGACCUUCCUAAGAGUUUGCUCAGAAAAUUGCCAAGAGCAGGACAGGUUGAGUUUGAGGAGUGCUCACCUUCCUGGGAUGGAAGAUAGUGGAUUUUUAUUUACUUACUUACUCCCCCGCCUUGACUUGCUGAACAGGGUCUCUUUGUCCUAGAUAAUAGAGCCCUGGGUCCCUGGAUAUAGGGAGGGCUUCUUCGUGGAACGCCUGGUGAGGUAUUCUCUGGAAAGAUCCUGUGUAGUCCUUGGAGUUUAAGGGCCUAGUUUACCUGCCCCUUGUGUUUUUUUCUCCCAAAGGUCAAUCUUCACAUGAAACAUUUGGUCUAGAUUUCUAGCCUUGAGGCCACAGGGGCUUCAGGCUCCGGCCUAAAGGCCCCUUACAGAACCCUCCCCUGAGCGGUUGGGUAGGGAAUCUGACUUUACAUACACAAGAGAAGGGUGUAGGUAGAGCCUCUGUCCAGCAGCUGGCCCAACGCGGAGUCAGGAAAGCCUUGCGCCUGAGCACUAUACACCCACCACCAUGGCAGACCUAGACUGCAGUCCUCCCGUGCCUCACUUCCCCAUUGGUUAAAGAGAGAUGGUCCAUUUUCCUUGCCUACCUCAUGGAGCUGUAAUGAGGAUUCAUGGAGAAGCACUUUGUCCCUUUGAAGGAUGACACCAAAGCCCCCCUGACAGGCAGUGCAGUGGUAAGAACAGCAGAGUGUGUGCGUCCCAACAGGUCUUAGCUCUGAGGCAUCACCCUUAGAGCCUGCCAGUCUUAGAGGUCACUGUCAGGCAACAGCAGUUGCCGCUAAGGCUCAUUGCUCUCAGUUGGGGGCCCUGCCUCCACCUUCAGGCUGGUUCCUGCCGCCACCCUCUGAGUAUGCAGCUCAGUAUCACUACCAGAGCUGGGGUGUGGGGUGGGCUCAGCCCUCGCUCGUGCAAUGGCUUGCCCUAGCCUUAUUCUGCAAGCCCCACUUCUUCCUCUAGCCUCCAUCUCAAAUGAAUUCCGCAUAAAAACGUCCUGGCACUUCUCCCCAGGGCCAGGGUACUGGACUUGCUCCCUAACCCCUGUGCCCUUCAGAGACUGCUCUGUCCUGGAAGGGGGCCAGCAGAAGCUGACAGCCUUGCGUGAGGAUGACUCCGACCGCUUCUGCAGACUGCCCAGCGCGCUGUGACUGAUUUCUAGAGAGUGUGUAUGUGUUGCUAGUUUUUUUUGUUUUGUUUUUGUUUUUUUAAUAAAAAGCAGGAUUCAUGUAAAUAGCUUUUUUUUUGGGAGCAGAUACUGAUCUGUCCCAUGCGACCAUGUGGACGAUUUCAAGGUGCUGAAGCGACACUAAUAAACUGACGGCGCUCAGGCCGCCCACUGCUG